CCUAUGGUAUGUACAUCCGGAUUUUCGCUAAGUGAGAGUUGUUAGUGAGUGCAGUGAGUAACAUGUUCUUCGCCGUGAACUCAACGUCCAGCAAUGGAUACAAACUGCUGUCGGCCCAGGGCAUGGAGACUCUGCAGCAGUUCCUGCGGGACCACGGCACUGAGUGUAUCCGCCAGUUUGUCCAGGAGUUCGCCACCCUGACCAAGGAACUGAACCAGGCGAGGGAACAGCUGCUGGAACGGGAAGAGGAAAUCUCGGAACUGAAAGCUGAACGGAAUAAUACUAGGUUGUUACUGGAACACUUGGAGUGUCUGGUGUCCCGUCACGAGAGAUCUCUCAGGAUGACCGUGGUCAAGCGACAAGCGGCCGCCCAGUCCGGGGUCUCCAGCGAGGUCGAGGUCCUCAAGGCACUCAAGAGUCUCUUCGAACACCAUAAAGCUUUAGAUGAGAAGGUCAGAGAAAGGUUAAGGGUAGCAUUAGAGAGAAACACCACUUUAGAGGAGGAGCUGGCUUCUACCAAAGAUGAAUUGCAGCAGUACAAAAUAGGAAGAGUAAUACCAAGCUCUGAGGAAGGGAAACCUAAGGAGAAUGGAGCACAGGAAGACAAACCUACAAUGGAUGGGCCACAUCCAACAAUUAUAAAGAGGUUGAGCAACGGUGCGAUAGAACCCGACUCGGAGGUGGCGAGACUCAUCGAGCUACAGAACACCGUCGACAAACAGAGUUCAGAGCUGGGCACGUGGCAGAGACGGGUGUCAGAGAUGACGUCAAGAGUCUCAGAGCUGGAGGAGAAUCUUUCGAAAUCACAGAAAGAGUUGUUAAAGGCACAAGAUACCAAUUCCAAACUCCAAAGAGAUUUAAGAGAAAAUGUAGCUCAAAAAGAAGAUCAGGAGGAGAGGAUAGCAACACUGGAGAAGAGAUACUUGAAUGCCCAGAGAGAGUCCACAUCACUACAUGACCUCAACGAGAAACUGGAGCAGGAGCUGCAACACAAGGAGGCGCAGCUCAAGUUGCAAGAGGAAAAGACACGGGCGAUACAGGAGAAGCUGGAGCUGUGCGAGCAGAAGCUGGCUCAGUUCGCUAAGCUGCCGGAGAUGGAGGAGGAGCUGAAGCAGCGUAUGGAGGCCCUUACCCAGGUGAGGGCUCAGGCGCAGGAGAGGCACGGUACGGCGGAGGACAGGAUACAGCGGCUGGAGGCGCAGGUUGAAGAGAAGAACGCAGAGCUGAUGCGGCUCAACCAGAGGCUCAAAAUGAAUGAGGAGCACAACACUAGGCUAUCAACAACUGUAGAUAAAUUAUUAUCAGAAUCUAAUGAGAGGUUGCAAGUGCAUUUAAAAGAGAGAAUGCACGCGUUAGAAGAAAAAAAUGCGUUAUCACAAGAAUUAGAAAAAACAAGAAAAGUAAUGGAAGAUAUUCAAGGAGAAAAGGGUGAUAUUGUAAAGGAACUUAGUAAAGCUAGAUUAGAAAUUGACAAUGUAAAGCGCCAAAUGUUACAACAAGAAAUAGCUUUUAAUAUUCAACAAACUGAUGCGUUAACAAGAAGCUUGUCACCCAGUAUGCAGGAGCAAAGUGGUUUUGUGAGGAGUUCCAGUCACUCCAGUUUUGAGACCCAUUCACUGACACGGCGCUCACAUAAACCCAGAGUGCUCGAAGAUGAUCCUUCAAAGGUAUGCUAUGAUGAAUGGGAGAAGAUACAACAGGCACACGUGUUGGCCAACGUGCAGCAAGCCUUUGAUGUGACAAGUGAUGCAGAGGGCGACGACAAUGAGAGCAUCUUCAGUGCAGACAUUCUGUCACCCUCAGGUCACACCGAUGCCCAGACUCUGGCCAUCAUGCUGCAGGAACAGUUGGAUGCCAUCAAUAAUGAGAUCAGACUCAUUCAGGAGGAGAAGCAGAGCACAGAGGCACGCGCAGAGGAGCUGGAGUCUCGGGUUGGUAGCCUGGAGCACAUGAAUUUGCUGGCGCGGGGACGCAGCUUCGAGCGUUCCUCUCCUCCGCUGAGUGGCCGCAGCACACCCAAGUCGCAUCACUCGCCUCAGCGUGACUACCUUCACAAGUACCAUACGGCCCCAGCCUCCAUGUCACCAGCUCACCUUCACCAAUACGCUGCCAACCUCGUCAGUCCUGGUCAGCUCUCCGAGUCUCUCCCCGCCAGCCAGUUACAGCUGGCUCAACUACCAACGGACAUGUCGGCCGAAGAGCUGCAGUCGGUGACAGGUGGAGAGAGCAGUGGUGGGGCUAGUCCACUCACGGCGCGCUCGCUGCGGCUUGAGCGAGUGGCCCAGGCGCUCGCUCAUAGUCAGGAGGAACUGCGCAGACGGACCAGCGCUAACGCCCUCCCCUCCGCCAACCAGGCUGUGUACAACCAGGCUACACUAAGGCCGAGCGGUUAUUCGACUCCCCCCUCUCCUCUGUCUUCCCGCCACAGCAGCCAGGAUUCGCUGCACAAACACGCCCUGGUGGGAGUGUCGGGGAGCCAGUACCUGCCGGUGAACACCAGCCCCGCCGCGCACGCAGCUGCAGCUGCCGCCGCCGCCCACAAGAAGAAGGGCAUCAAGUCCUCUCUCGGCAGGUUCUUCAGCAAAAAGGAGAAGGGUAAAGUGAAAGAAGGCGGAAUGAUGGUCGGAGUGGUGGACCCGAGUCAGAUGAUGUCGACAUCGUACGGUGAGAUGGACAUGAACGCCAGUGACUCGCUCAGCCUAGGGGGCAGCAUAGGACAGAAGGGUGAUUUCGACAGGAGGAAAAAGAAGAAGUGUUACAGGCAUGAGUUGUUGGCCGAGGCGAUGAAGGCAGGAACACCGUUUGCACUGUGGAACGGCCCCACUAUCGUAGCGUGGCUCGAGCUGUGGGUUGGCAUGCCUGCUUGGUACGUGGCAGCCUGUCGUGCCAAUGUCAAGUCAGGAGCCAUCAUGAGUGCCCUUAGCGAUACAGAAAUUCAACGUGAAAUAGGAAUCAGUAAUCCACUCCACCGGUUAAAGCUACGGCUAGCAAUUCAAGAGAUGGUGUCAUUGACAAGUCCCUCAGCCCCCAAAACCUCGCGCACAACACUCGCGUUUGGUGACAUGAACCACGAGUGGAUCGGCAACUCCUGGCUAGCGUCACUGGGGCUGCCGCAGUAUCGAUCCACGUUCAUGGAGUGUCUGGUGGACGCCAGGAUGCUGGACCACCUCACGAAGAAAGACCUCCGGGGACAGCUGAAGAUGGUGGAUAGCUUUCACAGAACUAGCUUGCAGUUUGGAAUAUCGUGUUUAAAACGGCUGCUGAACUACGAUCGAAAGCAGUUGGAGGACAGGAGAAGGGCAUCUGACAAUGAACUUCAAGAUGUUCUCGUUUGGUCCAAUGAAAGAGUAAUACGUUGGAUAUCAUCAAUAGGUCUUAAGGAAUACGCUACAAACUUGUUAGAGUCGGGCGUCCAUGGAGCUCUUCUUGCUCUAGAUGACGGCUUUGACUCCAAUAGCAUGGCUCUGGCGCUACAGAUUCCUACUCAAAACACACAGGUGCGGCAGAUGUUGGAGCACGAGUUCAACAAUUUGCUGAGCAUUGCCACCGAGAGAAGAGUUGAUGGAGACCUCGGCAAGUCCUGAUACUACGCCGCGCACACCGCGUAAUCUGCCACUAGUCCCUCUCAGCCCCGACAAUAACUCUUGUACAUAGACCAUCAUUUUAUUUAUUAUCUGGCUUGUUAAUUUGUUUAAGUCUCUUUGUUGUACGUUGUUAAUGUAGGCAACUAUUUAUUACAAAGUUAGUGAGUAUUUUUCAGAAUACACGUUAGUAUAAAAGACUUGUAAAGACGUUGAUAGUGUUUAUUGUUUCUAAUUAGUUAUAAAAUACCAUCUGAAUUGAACUGACAAAGUACAACUUUUAAUUAUCGAUUCUUGUAACAACUGUUUUUGUAAAUUGUAUCUUUUUAUUGUUGUAAACAUUACCAUCUUAGCGCAUUUCAAUCCUAGAUUUCAAUUAUUAAGGUUCUACGAGUGACAAAAUUUCCACUUACCAUUCCCUAGAUUAGGCUAAGUAAGCGUUAUAUAUUAAAAUUUAAAAGACAAUAAUACCAUUAAAUUAAUGUGGUUAUAGUUAAUAUUAUGUUGAUAAUAUUAAGUACAUUAUUCAUGAAAAGUUAAACAAAUUUAAUCACUAGUGAAAUAGUUUUAUUUAUAUUAUUCAUCUGUCAUUUAGAGGAGUGGUUAAACUAGUUAAAUGAAGUAUAAAAAUCAUAUCCAUUAUCCAUAACGAAUAUGGAUCGUUAGUUUCUUAUGGUGCUAAUUUCCUGUGUUUUUUACGAACCAAUCUGUUUGUUACUUAAUCUAAUAACUGGACUGUGGUACGCUGAUCCACGAUGAUCCAGUAACAUUGUCAUUACCAUUAAAUGCCUUGCCUUCCUGAAACCAGCUGCCAUUAGGUUAACGCUAACUUCUUCCAUUUCCGGUUCUCGUAUAGUUGGAACCUAGGAGUGAUCUGCCGAGAUGUGGUGUGUGAGGGGGGGAGGGGAAGUUCCCCCGUACUGCUAGGUCAGAGGGCUGAGAGAUCUACCAUUUCCUAGUCUAUUGUAGUCCUACCUCUAAUCUUUGAGUACUUUAGUUUUGUAUUUUGUCUGUUUGUGUAAUAUUUAUUCCCCCUGUGCCAUUGGGGUCGGGGCGGCCAUGUAUAAAUUACAGUACAAUAAUAAUGCCCCGGCCUCGCACACUAUUAUUUCUAUUUAUUUAUGGGGCAGGCAUUUGGCUUCUAUCACAUCUGUAUUUAUUUACAUUCCCUCUAAUUGUCACCAGAUCAGCUGACGUCGAACUGAACUGUUCUCGUACCCGUUGCCUAAUAGUUGGCCUCUGUUCCUUGUUUAGUGACGUUAUUUAAAUGUAACUGUUAUUACAAAUAAAAUUAUUGUACAAAUUUUAAAGUUAUGUUUAUUAAUAAAGUUUUCUUUUUUAUCGCUGUAACCUAUUUACAAACAUGCAUUUAGUAUUUUUUUAUUUUUAAAACAUCUACUGUUUACAUUUGUCAAUAAUAUUCCUCAGACAUACAAUGGUGGCAUGUCCAUCUUCUUCGUAGUAAUCUGAGAUUAUUCCUUAUUAUAAAUUAUUUCAACUAUUAACACAAACGACGAAGAGUGACCAAACGGUUUGGUGUCAGCUUGUCUAUCGUUCCCCUACUUGUAUAUAUUUUCCCAAAUCAUAUCAGUUAGAAUAGAAAAUUUUUGUAAUUUAUUUUCGUGUUAAAAUUAAUUAAGAUUAUUCUAAUUGUAUUUUUGUAUUAGUUUAUAAACUUGAUGCAAGUUACUUUACGAUGAAUUGAAGUAGAACGUUUUACUGAAACUACAAAGGAAUCACUUUCACUUGAGACUGUGAAGAAUAGAAGUAAGAAUUUAAACAAAAACGUUUUUUUUAUAUAUGAAUUUUCUUUUAAACAUUUCUUAAGUGCCUAAUUAAUUAAUAUUUUUACUGUUAGUGUUGCAAUUUUAUUUGCUGCCCCCAUGUUUCUCCAUUUCAUGAAGAAUUUAACCAGUGUAAAUUAACAUUUUUAAAUAUUAAUGGAGUUAGAUAGCAAAUUGUGUGAUUGCCACUGUAAUAAAACAAUUGCAAAGAAAUCGCUUACACAAUAUUUCAGUAUCGGUGGUGAGCAGCAGUAAAAAAUUCUAACCCAUGAAUAAAAUUUGGAAAUUCAAUAAUUUUUAAAACUUGUCAAAUAUUUAACCAAAUGUAGCAUUUAUCAUAAAUCAGUUUUAUUACAUUCUAUAUGAAUAAACAACUAAAAUACAUAUCUAGUCAAAAUCCCUAAAGUUAUUUAUAGCAGGAAUGUUGUACAGUGAGACAGCGUAAAAUUGUGGUUAUCACCAGAAUGUUGUACGUCGGGAUUACGUAGCUAUUUUACUUUCCUAUGUUACGAUUUUUCUAUGUGUCUCCAUAUCAGACAUUUCCAUUUAAAACGCUGCAACAUGAUAGCAUUCUUCACAGUCGUUAAUAAGUGAUCCUUAAUUGGUAAGUGAUUAUGAAUAUCCUAUCAUAUCAAAUAAAUGUUGAAAGUAUAGCUAAUUCAUAAUUUUGAUGACGUGAAUGUAACAAACAUAUCAAAUACAAUUCCCUGAUUUUUAAAAACUAAAGUUUUGUUUCACCCGAUUAAUUUUAUCACUGGUUCUAACAGUGCGUAACCUAAUCAAUAAUAAUUUGCAUUAUUCGUAAUAUGACGGUAUCAAUAACAGUUUUAAGUAACUUGCAUCAUGUAUUUAUUUAUCUCUUAUUUAUUUGAACUUUCCAAUGCAGUUAUUUUAAACUUUCAAAGAUUUAUAUUAAUUUAUUUAAGACAUUUAUUUAUUCGAAGAAGACUUGUGUGUUUAAUAUAUUCUUUAUUACCUCUUAAACAUUCUACUAUUUCUUGAAAAGAAAUAUUUUGUAAAUUAUGAGCUUCUAAAGGGCCAGAAUACAAAGUAGGUAAAUAUAGCCAUAGUAGUUUGUCUGUGGUAAGCUACUGUACGUAGAGCCUAGAGUUGAGUGUUACCUGCGACCGACCGACCAAAUGUCUUAGUUACUCAAUCGUGCGACCUGUCCCAAAGUUGUUGCUGAUUAUAGUCAUUCUUAUGCUGCAAAUUGUAAUAUAUUAGAUAAGGUGUGUGUUCUAUCCAAAUAAGAAUAAUUACCUGUCGGUAUUUAUAUUAUAAGUUCAUGUAGAUAUGUAAAAUUUACCUGUUACAAAAUGUUGCGUGUACAUUGGAAACAUCACUUUACGAUGCAGAUUUACAUUUUUGUAGCUCACAUUUUAUUGUUUAACGUGUAAGACGUCAUUGUUGAUAUGUUAUUAUUACGCCCCAAUGUUUUAAUUUAAAGUAAAUAUUAUUUAUGUGAAACGGCUGAUUAUUUGAUUCUUCGUACGUCACUGACUGUUUUAUUACGACUUGUGUUUCCGUACGCGAUUUUGUAUCUGUUCAGAGUUUACUGUUAUAAGUAAAUUCGCAGUUUCAGUAUUGCUUCUUACUUGGAUCGAACAAAACCAAAGUAGGAUGGAAUAACCAAGUUUUAUAAACUCUUGUAUAUUUGUAAAUUGUUUGAAGAGUUUAACGAGUAUUGUUGGUUAGAGACUGUUCGGCUGUUAUUGAAAUCUCUAUAUAAAUAUAUGAACUGUAUACUAAGACAUGGGAUCACAGAGAACUGCUAGCCUGUUCCUAAUUUAUCAUUAGUUUUGUUUCACAACAGGCUCUUUUUUCUAUUUUUAUAGUUAAAGGAGUCACUGAUUUAUGGACCUCAUCUGUUGUGCAACGGCCACGUUCGCUGUUCCCGUUUCAUUAUUUGUUCUAGGCAUGUUCUUCCUUUUUGUAUUACUUCAUAAAUAAUUAACUGUACAUAUAAUUACUGCGUAUAUACAUAUAUUUGUAUAUGUAUAUAUUUACAUAACCAGAUUGUUUAAGCGUAUGUACUAAGUAUUUGUUAUACAAAUACAUGAUCGCCUAAUAUUGUAUUUAACAAAUUGUACUUUAUGCAGUGGCCAUGAGCACUACUAUUACUAAACAGUAUUAUUGGUCACAUGUUCAAUACAGACACACUAAAAAUAAUAAAACCAAAUGUGCUGAUUAACAAUAGAGUUUUACUUAUUUUAAUUUCAUGAAACGAUUAAACGCUGAAAUGUCUUGUGUGGUG